UUAACAGUUUUCAAUUCUAGAACCCAAAAGAUAUUCAAUAUCAAUAUCAAAUUUUAUUCACUUGUGGACGUUGCACAUUUUGUGUUUUAAGUGUUCGGUUAUUUGAAAUAAAUAUUUAGUAGACACAUUUAUAUUAGAAUUUAGAAUAAAAAAAAUAAUGGCCGAAAGAAAAGGAACAUUUAAAGUUGAAUAUUUGCAAAAAAUUGAAAGAGAGGUGCAAGCGAAUUGGGAAAAAGAAAAGAUUUUUGAGAUAGAUGCUCCGCUUGAACCUCGAAAAUCUGUAGAAGAAAAAUUUUUAGUAACUUUCCCAUUCCCUUAUAUGAAUGGACGUCUUCAUCUGGGACAUACAUUUUCUCUAUCUAAAGCUGAAUUUGCAGUAAGAUAUGAACGCUUAAAGGGAAAAAAAUGUUUAUUCCCUUUUGGGUUUCAUUGUACAGGAAUGCCAAUAAAAGCAUGUGCUGACAAACUAAAACGUGAGUUAGAAGAAUAUGGAUAUCCACCCAAAUUUCCGAAUAUGCAGGAUGAAGAAGAACAAACUGAAGAAAAAGGUGAUGCACCGAAAAACAAAGCAAAGGGUAAGAAAAGUAAGGCUGUUUCAAAAAGUGGUUCCGCAAAGUUUCAGUGGCAAAUAAUGCAAAGCUUAGGGUUAAAGGAUGAAGAAAUAAAGAAUUUCGCAAAUACUGAGUAUUGGUUAGAAUAUUUUCCACCAUUGGCUAUUACUGAUUUAAAAAGUAUAGGACUUCACAUUGACUGGAGACGGACAUUUAUUACAACAGAUGCAAACCCUUUUUUUGACUCAUUUGUUCGUUGGCAGUUCGUGCACUUGAAAAACAGGGGAAAAGUAAUGUACGGAAAACGUUAUACUAUCUAUUCACCCAAAGAUGGUCAACCUUGCAUGGACCACGACCGAUCAACUGGUGAAGGCGUUGGUCCGCAAGAGUACACGCUUAUUAAAAUGAUAUUAAAUGAAAUUCCCGAGAAAUUACGGAUGGUGAAAGCUAAAAUUUAUAUGGUAGCAGCAACAUUGCGACCAGAGACUAUGUAUGGUCAAACAAAUUGUUGGCUUCACCCUGACAUUGAAUACAUCGCAUUUCAAACUGUAAAGUCUGAUGAAGUUUGGAUUUGUACCCGUCGCGCAGCUUUAAAUAUGGCCUUUCAAGGUUUUACACCAGUUGAAGGAAAAAUUGAGAUUUUGGCCUCUUUUAAAGGACAAGAGUUAUUAGGAUUAUCAUUAUGUUCGCCUUUAACUUCACACAAAUAUAUAUAUACUUUGCCUAUGCUUACAAUUAAAGAAGAUAAAGGAACCGGGGUAGUGACAUCAGUGCCUUCUGAUUCUCCAGAUGAUUAUGCAGCUUUAGUUGAUUUGCAAAAAAAGGAAGCAUUCAGAAUAAAAUAUGGUAUCAAAGAUGAAAUGGUAUGUCCAUAUAAACCUGUUCCUAUAAUUGAAGUCCCGACAUUAGGCAAACUCAGUGCAGUUUAUGUCUACGAAAAACUCAAAAUUCAGAGCCAAAACGACAAGGACAAACUUAUUGAAGCUAAAGAGUUGUGUUAUUUAAAAGGUUUCUACGAUGGCGUUUUAUUAGUAGGUGAGUUUAGUGGAAAGAAAGUGCAAGAUGUUAAAAAAGAAGUUCAAAAGAAAUUGAUUGAAAAAGAUGAAGCUGUAAUUUAUUAUGAACCGGAAAAAACUAUUAUUUCUCGGUCUGCCGAUGUUUGCGUAGUAGCAUUGUGCAACCAGUGGUAUUUAAAUUAUGGUGAAUCACAAUGGUUAGGUCAAGCAUUUAAAUCAUUGGAGAAGAUGGAGUGUUAUCACACAGAAGUACGAAAUAAUUUUGAAGCGUGCUUAAAUUGGCUUCACGAAUAUGCUUGCUCAAGAACAUACGGUCUGGGAACUAAAUUGCCAUGGGAUGAACAAUGGCUUAUUGAGAGUUUGUCUGAUUCAACAAUUUAUAUGGCAUUUUACACCGUGUGUCAUCUGUUACAAAAUGGCUCGUUUAGGGGAGAGAAACCCAGUCCAAUCGGUAUAAAACCUGAAGAUAUGACCCCAGAAGUUUGGGAUUAUAUAUUCUUUAAAGAAGCCCCGCAACCAAAAAACUCUUCUAUUAAAAAGGAACAUUUGGAAUUGAUGAAAAGGGAAUUUGAGUACUGGUAUCCAGUCGAUCUUAGAGUUUCGGGAAAAGAUCUACUCCAAAAUCAUUUGACCUUUUUUAUUUAUAACCAUUGCGCCAUAUGGCCUAACAGUCCAGAUAAAUGGCCACGAGCUGUUCGUUGUAAUGGUCAUUUACUAUUAAAUUCGGCAAAAAUGUCGAAAUCUGAGGGAAAUUUUCUUACUUUAUAUGAAGCUGUUAAAAAAUUUUCAGCAGACGGAAUGCGAUUAUGUUUGGCUGAUUCUGGGGAUAGUAUCGAAGAUGCUAAUUUUGUAGAAAGUAAUGCUGAUGCUGGAAUAUUGCGCUUGUACACAUUCAUUGAAUGGGUUAAGGAAAUGCUAGCAUCAAGGUUAAUGCUACGAAAAGAAAAAAACAAUUCAUUUAAUGAUAAAGUAUUUAUAAGCGAAAUGAAUUUAAAGACACAGCAAACUGAUGAGUAUUAUAAGAAAAUGUUAUAUAAAGAAGCUCUACGUACUGGUUUUUAUGAGUUCCAACAAUGUAGGGACAAAUAUCGUGAGCUAUGUGGCAGUGCUGGAAUGCACGUUGAUCUAGUUGAGGAAUUUAUUCGGCGACAAGCACUUUUAAUUAGUCCAAUUUGUCCUCAUGUGGCUGAACAUGUAUGGUCCUUAUUAGGUAACAAGGAAACUAUAUUGAAAUCUACGUGGCCUACUGUUGGACCAAUCAAUGAAAUUGAUAUACAAUGUUCAGAGUAUCUAAUGGAAGCUGCACAUGUAUUUCGUAUAAAUUUGAAAAAUGCUUUACAGGUUCGUAUUAAAGGAGGGAAGGAAAAGUCAGUCGAACCUAGUGUUAAACCAACAAGUGCUACAAUUUGGGUAGCUAAAAAUUUCCCACCUUGGCAAAAUUGUGUUUUAAAUACGAUGAAGGAACUUUAUGAAAAGAAUAAUGGUCUACCAGAUAAUAAAGUUAUCGCGGCAGCACUUCAAAAUAAAGAUGAAUUGAAAAAGUAUAUGAAAAGAGUAAUGCCAUUUGCGCAAAUGGUGCGAGAAAAAGUUGAAAGCGGUAAAGGCAAAGCGGCUUUAGCUACUGUAUUAGACUUUGAUGAGAAAACGGUUUUGCAGAAUAACUUGGAAUAUUUAAAACAUACAUUGGAUUUGCAACAAUUGGAAAUUAAGCAUACUGAUGAUCCUACUGCUCCCGCAAAGACGAGAGAAGAAGUUAAGCCGGGUUCUCCGUUUAUUAAUUAUGAAAUCGCACCUAAUAUAUCGGUAACUCUUCAAAAUCCAAUUCAACGCUCUGGACUUUUUACCGUAGAUACAGUCAUAUCAGAUGGCGAAACCGUAACCACUUUUUAUGAAAAAGUUGCGAGAAUAAUUGGUUUAAAAGAUUUCAAUGCCCUAAAAAUAUGGCGGUUUCAAGAUCCGGUUUUGGGUCCAAGAAGAAUACCUUUAUUUGAAGACUAUAAAACUGGUAAAAUAGAAUUAACCGAAGGACGUUUGCAAGUUAGCAAUGAGAAAAAAACAUUGUAUUUAUUAACUAAUGGAAAAUCUAUUGAAAUUGGAAAAAAUUUUAUUUAUGUCGUUGAAUGAUAAUAAUGCUGAAAACUUUUCAUAAACUUAAUAAUUUAUUUUGAUUUUUGUAAGAUUAUCAUAACAAACAUACAUAUAUGAAUUUUUUAAAUAAGUAUGUAUUUGUAAAAAAAAUAUGAAAAACUUAAAGUAUA